UCAAAUGUGAGAUUGAAAAUUAUUUAAGGAUGUGUCAAUCCCCAGUACUAGGGAAACACAUUUUCAAUUACUACUGAUGGGAAGUGAGGGAGGGAGUAUAAAUCAGUGCAACCUUCUUGGAGGGCAGCUCGAUGAUAUCCAAAAAUUUAAAUGCAUAUAUCCCUUGACACAGCAAUUCAUCUUCUGCAAAUUAUCUCAUAGACACCCUUGCAUAAGUGUCUCAUGAUAGAUGCCAAAGAAUACCCAUGGUGCAUUGUUUGUAACAAUAAAAUACUGAGGAUAGCAUAAUUCUUCAUUCGUAGAAGAAUUAGUUAAAUGGGAUUAUGCAGUCCAUAUCAUAGAAUAUGAUAUAGACUUUAAAAAGAGUGAGGUAAAGCCAGAUAUAUGGGAAAAUGUCCAAGGUAUGUUAAGUUUAAAAAAAAAAAAAGAUGUAGAAUAAGAUGUAUGAUAAAGUUUGAUUUAUGUUAAAAAUUAGGUUUCUAAAUGCAUAAGAUAUUCCUGGAAAUGUGCUCCAGAAGAAUGCGCAGUUAACAGUAGUUACCUCUAGAGAGGCAACAGGGUUGGAAACCAGAGAGAUUUACUCCUGCAGUUUUUAUAUUCUGUACACAUAUUAGUUUUAUUAUUUUUUUUAACUUGGUUUACUUUUGAGAGAGACAGAGUACAAGUGGGGGAGGGGCAGAGAGAGAGGGAAAGAGAGAAUCCCACUGUUAACAUGGAGCCCGUCUCGGGACUCAGUCCCACGAAGCAGGAGAUCAUGACCUGAGCUGAAAUCAAAAGGCUUAACCAACUGAGCCACCCAGGUGCCCUAAUUUUAUUUUUUUAAGUGUAUAAAAUUAAUAAGAAAAAACAGGACUCCAGUUGUCCUUUGCUAAACAUUUUUUUUAAAAACUCUACCCCCAAGAUGGGGCUCGAACUCACCACCCCAAGAUCAAGAGUAUUACGCUCUACUGACAAGAGUCAGCCAGGUGCCCUUCCUUUGCUAAACUUAAAAUGAACCUUGCUUUCCAUAAUUAAAAAAUUAUAUUAUAGAAAAUUUCAAACCUUAUCUAUACCCCUUCCCUCUUCCUUACCUUAGUCCUGGAUUAUUUUGAAACAAAUCUUAGACAUUGUAUUAUUUCAUCUAUAAAUAGUUUAUCAUGUGCCUCUAAAAGAGAAGAAUUAUUUUUAUAAACCUAACCACAAUAAUUAUCAUGCAUGUAAAUAUUGACAGUAAUUCCUUAAUGUCACCAAAUAUCUAUUAGUCAAUGUUCAAAUCUCCCCAAUAUUUCAUUUUUUAAAAUAGUUUGCUCGUUUGAAUCAGGAUCCAAGUAAAGUUCAGACAUUGCAAUUAACUGAGAGUAUCUCUCUCUGUCUCUUGCCUCCCCCCACUCUUUUUCCUUGAAAUCGAUUUGUCCUAUUUGAAAUCAUUUGUCCUAUAGAACUUUCUUCAGCCUGAAUAUUGGUGACUGUAUCCCAGUGUCAGUUAACCAUUAUUAGGUUGUUUAUUAUGUUGUCUGUAAAUUAGUAGUUAAAUCCAGAGACUAAUUAGAUUCAGGUUUUUUUUUUUUAAGUUUAUGUAUUUAUUUUGAGAGAGAGAAAGAGUAUGAGUAGGAGAGUAACAGAGAGAGAGAGAAAGAGAGAAUCCCAAGCAGGUGCCACGUUGCCAGCACAGAGCCUGAUGGGGUUCUCAAACUCACGAAACUGCAAGAUCAUGACCUGAGCCAAAACCAAGAGUCAGACCCUUACCCCACUGAGCCCCCAGGUGCCCCAGUUUCUAUUUUCGAGGAAGAAAUGCUUGUGAGUGUUCGUAUAUAUUUCCAUCAUGAGGUACUAAUGUCUGGUUAUCUUUUCUGGGUGAUAUUGGUAGCUUUUGAUGAUCCUUGCUUAGGCCCACUAAUUCAUAAGAAUCUUCCAUAAAUGGAACGAUUAGCUAGUGUUGGAAGGCUCCCCAGAGGAAGGAUAAGUAAGAGCCAGACCAAGGAAGCAGUGGGUAGCCAGAGCAAUGAUGAAAAUGUUCUAGGGGAGGGAGCAGCUUGUGCAAAGGCCUAGAGGUGAGAGCAAGCUGUUCCAUAGGGGAACUAAAAAUAAUUUAGAACAGUGGGAGCAUAGCUGUGGUGUGAGGAAAGUGGGAUGGGCUAGAGAGGUUCAGGACCAGACUGUGAGAGACAUGAUGGGCCAUAGCAAGGAGUUUUGGGGCUUUAUCCCCAAGUCAGUGAGAAUGACAUAUUUGGGUUUUAGGCUGAAUUCAGGAAAGCCUGUUGAAAAGCAGUUUCAGGGGUGCCAGCCUGGCUUAGUCUGAAGAGCUGCAACUCUUAAUCUUGGGGUCAUGGAUCUUAGCCCCAUGUUGGGUAUAGACAUUACUUAAAAAUAACAUCUUGGAUAAAAAGAAAAGCAGUUACAGUAUUGUGGGCUAGAACUGAUGGUGGUUUGAAUUAGAUUCGAGGCAAUGGAGAUGGAAGUAGUUUUGUCCAUUCUUUAAGAAAAUGAUUACUGAGCACCUGUUUUUGGUGGGUGCUGUUCCAGGCUCUUGGGAGUCAGCAAUAGCCAAAAUAGUCAGAACUCCCUGCCCUCAUGGAGCUUACACUCUAGUGGGAGAAAGACAAUAAAUACGUAAAUAUAUACUAUGCUUACAUAGUGGUAAUUGCCAGAGAGGAAGAUAAAUCAGGAAGGGGGAUGAGGAUAAGGAGUGUUAUGUGGGGAACAAUUUUUUUUAAUGUUUGUUUGUUUAUUUAGUUUGAGAGAGGGAGAGAAUGAGUUGGAGGAGGGGCAGAGAGAGGGGGAGAGAGAGAAUCCCAAGCAGGCUCCGCACUGUCAGUGUGGAGCCCAAUGCGGGGUCCCCUCUCAUGAACUGCGAGAUCAUGACCUGAGCCAAAAUCAAGAGUCAGAGGCUUUACUGACUGGGACACCCAGGUGCCCUGGGAAUAAUUUUUUAUGUCAAGUGAUAAGUGAAGGCUUCACUGAGAAGGUAACAUUUGAGCACAUAUCUGAAUGACAUGAAGAAGAAAGCCAUGUGGACUUAUCUGAGGGAAGAGCAUUUGAAGCAGCAGAAAUAGAAUUGCAUGAGUCUUGGAAUCGGAGAGUAUCUGGUAUGUUGGAGGAACAGCCAGUGGCUGGAGAGGAAUAUGUGAGCAGGAGAAUAAUGGGAGCUGGGCCGGAGAGAUAGCCUUAUUGGUCAUUGUGAAAUUGUGAUGGAGGGAAAUAGAAUCAAGAUUCAAAUGGAAGAAUCAGUAAAAUUUGGGGAUCGACUGGAUAUGGGUAGUGGUAAGGAGGAAAGAGAUAGGGAACACAGUAAUCUUGUAACAUGAAUAUUUUGACUUCAUUUAAGAGAAUAAAGCAGCUGGAGCAGAUAAGCUUAGAUACCUAUUAUCAUGCAAAUCUCUUUUUUAUUACAACAUUGGGAAAGAGGUAAUAUUGAUUAUACCCAUUAUGAAGGGAAAAAGUCUCAUCAUAGAAUGGAUUUUCCUUUGGUUUUGGUAGUUCUCUAAUUAGGGACAGACUUGACUGUUCAGCAGCCAGGAGAAUGCCUGAAUAAUGGGGUAGCAGUGUUAGGCUAGAUAUGGAUGGAGCCCUUAGGGUACUGAAAACUGCCCCCCGACACAUUACCACAUCCUAGAUACGUAGACACACACAUCCCAUUUGCGUUUUGUUCUUGCAAGCGUUAACAUAUCUGCCAAAUUCCUAGUUGACAUUAACCUAGUUCAAUAGUAUUGCAACUGAUUCUACUGAGAGAAGAGUCAUUAUGAUUCUGUGUCUGUUCUAAGCAUGGUUUUAGGAGGUGCAUCCAUUCCUUGAAUCCUCAUUUACUGAUGAUCUGCAUAACUGUGUGAUGCCUGAGUUACAAAAAGGACAAUGACAUGGUCAUUGUGCCAGGUCUCGAGGACUUCAAAAUCUAAUAAGGUGGACAAAGGAAAUCAGGGACCACAGGGAGGCAUGCCAUAAUAUUGGGUGUGAGGAAGGUAUGAUGGGGAGACCAGGGAAGGAUUCCUUAAGCUUUGGGCUGAGUGAGGCAGAUUUCAAAAAGAAGAGGAGAACUUCUGAAUCCAUGGAGUUCUCAUUUGCUGCCUAAUCUGUUUGUAACACUCCUACUUCUGUCCUUUCCAAGUCCCUCAGACCCAUUUUCCUAAGGAAAGUUGUGUUUACAGGUCCCUGAAUGACCUUCCUUGUUCUUUCUCAGUAUUCUGUAGACUGUAAUAGCCAGAAGGAAACAACUACAGGGUCAGUUAACAGAAGGCAAGUAGUAUACACAGGUUCACAUGUAGUUUAUUUUAUAUCAAUUCAUAAUUAAAAUUAAUAAUACUAUCGUACAAAUAGAACUAUAUGGAAGUAGCGUUAAAAAUAAAGUGGCUUCUAUCCUGUAGAAUAGCAUUUCUCAAACUUACGACAUUUGUAUACCACUGUUAUGAUUUUUGUCACAUACGGGUAAAAAUCUGUAGAGUUACUUAAUAUUUUUCUGUAAGCCAAAUUACUUUUUUUUUUUCUAACUUAAAAGCCUACUCACCUUAAAAAUAUUCAUGGAGUUACGGGUUUUCUGUUCUUUUAUCAAGCACAUUAAAAUAAUAUGUGACUACUUAUUAGAAAAUAUUUGCCCCUGGAGAGUGCCAUUUCUUUCUUUCUUUCUUUCUUUCUUUCUUUCUUUCUUUCUUUCUUUCUUUCUUUCUUUCUUUCUUCCUUCCUUCCUUCCUUCCUUCCUUCCUUCCUUCCUUCCUUCCUUCCUUCCUUCCUUCCUUCCUUUCUUUUUUUUAGUUUAUUUAUUUAUUUUGAGAGAGAGUGCAAGUGGGAGGGAGGGUGGCAGAGAGAGAGGGGGAAUCCCAAGCAGCCUCUGUGAAGUCAGCACAGAGCCCAAUGCUGGGCUCAAACCCACUAACUGUGAGAUCAUGACCUGAGCUGAAAUCAAGAGUUGGAUACUUAAUUGACUGAGCCACCCAGGUGCCAUGAGAGCUCCAUUUCUAGAUAAGACAGAGCGUAAACACACUCUCCAGUCUCUCCCACUGUACGCAGCUAAAAAUCUUGGUAGAACACAUGGAAUAACAAUUCAAGGACUCUGAAAAGUCAGUAGUAGCAGGUAGAUUAGAGAAGACCAGGAUUUGAAGUACCACCAUCCAGGUGGGAGUUUCCCUUUUUUAAAAAUUUCUAGUGUCCCUUGGCCUGGAUUCCAUGCAGCCCAAACCUAGAAGUGGGCACCUGGCAAUAACAGAGAGAGCUCCAGGAUAAACCCUCUGGUUCUGACUUAAGUGGAAAAGGAGACUCCGUGCACUCAGAGAGAGUGGUAGAAACUGCCCCCUUUAAAAAAUUUCUCUGCAUUCUCUCGUGCCCCAACCCCCAGGCAAUCUUGUGUUGGUGCUGGCAGUGACAUCAGUGGGGGCUUACAGAUGCCUAAAGCUCUAAAGGAGGGGAAACUUUCUCUCCAUUGGAGAAGCUGUAGUCCUAAAAAGGUGGGGUGAACACCCAUUGCUUUUUUUCUUUCUCUUCCUGCUGCCUAGCUCCCAAAUUAUGUGGGAGAAAGAGAUAACAAUAGCCCCAGGCUUCUGGCUGGAAGACAGGAAAGGGGAGCUCCAAGGAACUGAAAAGUACCCAGGACACAAUGGAGAGGGAGGAGCUCAGGAAAGCAACCCCACAAGGUUGUUUGUGAACUCCUGGGCUCACCCCCAAACGGCACAUGUGUGGAUCUGUUCCCAAACAGCACACCAAAAACUUCUGAGUAUUGAACUCUGAGAUGAAUCACUGUUCAGGCCCUAGACUGGCCACUGGGUUGUGCUCAUGCCAGACAUAUCUGAAUAGCUUUGCAAAGGCUUCAAAUGUGGAACUGACAUUUAAAUCACACCCCACAGCAGGUUGGUUGGAACUUGGAACCUGAAUGCAAGCAGGUCGAUCGCCCGCUAAAAUAAAAAUAUCAACAUUUUCCAUAGGAUUUUAAUAAGAUGCAGAGUCUCAUAAUAUUAAAAAUGUCCAGGGUAGAAUAUAAAAUUAUUUAGCAUACCAAAAAAAACCAGGAAAAUCUCAACCAAUGUGAGACAGCCAAUAGAUGCCUACACUGAGAUAAUACCUCUUCUCCAUGUGUGGACCAUGCCCUUCAUUCAAUUUCAUCGGCAAGCCCAGGCCACAGGCCCACUGUUGGACUAGUGACCAUUGCUAGGGAGUACCGUGCACAAAUUGGCUGAGACUUCUCAGGGCCCACCUCUGGAGCUAGUGCUGAAGUCAUCUACUCCUGAUGCACAUGGCCCUAUGGAGGAAGCAUGGCUACUCAAAAGUUAAGAAACAAAAACCAAAAACUCCUACUUCCAGACUUCAUAAAAACUUAUCUAAGUCAGGUUCUCCGAUUUUAAGAGACUUUUCUAUAGUGAGGUACAAAGAGGACUGAAAAGAGAUAACCUGUCAGGUGGCUCAAUACAAAUUUUAUUAAGCCCUUUGUGUGUGUUCCCUUUGUAUACGAUUCUAUUUUUAUUUUUUAGGCAGAUGGGUAAAUAUGCUUCAAGGCCAACUGUUAUUUUAGCACUGAGAUAAAUAACCAGUUGAAGAAUGCAGAUGUAGGGAGCCACACACGUUAGCCUUUGUAGCUGAAGAUGACAGCCGCUGACCAGUAAUUGCUAUCUCCCAGCGGGUCCCCACCAGCUGCCUGUACUGGUCCGGGAUCUAUAGCUGCAGACUCCAUGUACUGAGUUUGGCACAAUUUGCACCUGCUCUCCUCUCUUCAGAAAGAACCAUUCCAGGUGCUCACCCGUGCUCCCUAGGUUUAUCUGUCACUGUGAUUUCUGUGAGUUCCCAGUGGUGCUAUAUCAUUUGAAGUUCUGCUUUAUGUGUCUUCAAAGUGUUUCUUUUUCCUAUUCUGCUAGAAUUAUCUCUGUUCAGCUCAUCACACAUCAGCUACUUAGGAAUGCAGAGCAGAGAAUUUUAGAAAGCAUGCUUGAGAGAAAGCCUGCUGAAAGUGGCAGAGCUUAUUAAUAUUACAAGUUUUUUAAAAAAAAAUUUUAGUUUAUUUAUUUAUUUUGAGAGAGAGAGUGCGCACAGGGGAGGGGCAGAGAGAGAGGGAAAGAGAGGAUUCCAAGCAGGCUCCCCACUGUCAGCAAGGAGCCCGAUGCAGGGCUUGAAUCUACAAACCAUGAGAUCAUGAUCUGAGCCGAAAUCAAGAGUCGGACACUCAACUGACUGAGUCACCCAGGUGCCUCUUUUAAAAUUUUUUUUAAGUUUAUUUAUUUAUUUUGAGAGAGAGAGAUACAGAGAGAGUACAGGAGGGGCAGAGAGAGAGAGAGAGGAAGAGAAUCUCAAGGAAGCUCCACACCAUCAGUGCAGAGUCUGAUGUGGGGUUCGAACUCACAAACCAUGAGAUCAUACCCUGAGCUGAAACCAAGAGUUGGACACUUAACCGACUGAGCCACCCAGGCGCCCCAAUAUUACAAGUUCUUAAAGCCGUAAGUGUGUCAAGCUUCAAUUUGCGCAGGGAUAAAGGGGUCAGAAUGAAGGUAGUUUUAAAUUGUGAACAAACUUACAGCGAUCAAAUGGCAGGAUCAGAUUUUGAGGGACUAACUAGUUCUAUUUUACUUGAAGAGCUGAGUAUUAAGAACCCAGAGUAAUAAUUUGCCCCAAAGUAACCUCUACAUUAACUUAAUAACAUUUGACCAAUGGGAAAGGGGAGUUUAUGGGAGUCAGGUAGAGAGCAAGCUAGUCACAGUCCUCCCUUUGUUGGCAGUGUCAGCUUCUGAUCUGGAGCAAGUCACAGGAUUACUCUGUAUGCUGACACUCAUUUCUAGAGUCUAACUAUAUGCCCAGCACUGCUGUACGCAUUUUACAUGUGCUAACUCGUUUAAUCCUUACAACAACACUAUGAAAUAGAAACUGUUAUUGUUCUCAUAUUAUGGAUAAGGAAGUUGAGGCCCAAAGAGAUGAUUUGCCCAAGGCCAUAUACAACAAGUAAGGACAGAGCUAGAAUUCCAAGCCAGGCAAUAUGGCUUGACCUUUUAACCACUAUGCUAUAUUGCCUCUCAUGAUACGUUAAAAAUACCUACUGUAACUAUUUUACAGAGUUGUAGGAAGCCGAAAUUAUAAUAAAAGCACUUUAGUGAGGAAAUAAUGCUCUCCAAAAGAAAACUAUAGCAUAAGAACCCAACACCGGUGCUGGCAAUUACUAUGAGAAGCCCUUCUCUAGCGAAUUGUGACACGGAGAAUCAGAAUCAUAAGGUUAAAAGGCUCUUCAAGGCUAUGUUCUAAGAAGGCUUUAUCUGCUAAAGUAACCACUGUUUUAGUAGUUCUCAGAUUUUUAAAAUUUCACAGAUCUAUAAAAUACACACUUGCACACACAUACACGCACCCCAACCCAAACUACCAUCUGCUAUCAUCACCAUUACAGAAAGGGCAGUUCAUACCAGGAACAUUGGUGAGAUAGAAUCUAAUAAAGAACAGUGUUCCAUGAACAAAACAAAUAGGAAUUUUACCCUGCUCAGUGAGAUUAUUAGUCUGAAGAUUAGUGGUUAGGGAAUUCAUUCAUCUGGACUGGUAGGUAUAGAUCCUGUUGGGUUAAGAAGUUAUCUUGGGGUAGAGUGACCUCCCAAAUGAUGGCAUCAAUCAUAUCAAUUGGAAGCAUGUUCAGGUUGAAAGACUGGAGCCUUCUAUAAGACAUGGAUAGAUGCAAACAUGUCGGGCGGUUGCGGCUCGCCCAGGACCACUCCAUCCUGAACCCGCAGAAGUGGUGCUGCAGGGAGUGCGCCACCACCGAGUCGGUGUGGGCUUGUCUCAAGUGCUCCCACGUGGCCUGCGGCCGCUACAUCGAGGAUCACGCCCUUAAACACUUUGAGGAGACUGGGCACCCGCUAGCUAUGGAGGUCCGAGAUCUGUACGUGUUCUGUUACCUGUGCAAGGACUAUGUGCUCAACGAUAACCCCGAGGGGGACCUGAAGCUGCUCAGAAGCUCCCUCCUGGCGGUCAGGGGCCAGAAGCAGGACCCGCCGCUGAGGCGCGGCCGGACGCUGCGGUCCAUGGCCUCGGGCGAGGACGCCGUCCCGCCGCAGCGCGCUCCUCAGGGACAGCCGCAGAUGCUCACGGCUCUGUGGUACCGGCGCCAGCGCCUGCUGGCCAAGACGCUGCGGCUCUGGUUCGAGAAGAGCUCCCGCGGCCAGGCGAAGCUGGAGCAGCGGCGGCAGGAGGAGGCGCUGGAACGCAAGAAGGAGGAGGCGCGGCAGCGGCGGCGCGAGGUGAAGCGGCGGCUGCUGGAGGAGCUGGCCAGCGCCCCUCCGCGCAAGAGCGCGCGCCUGCUGCUGCACGCGCCCCGCGCCGCCGCCCCGCGCCCCGCCCCGCCGCGCGCGCCCGCCGGGGGCCGCCCCCAGCCGCGCCGCGCGCCCGCCAUAGCGCCGGGCGUCACGGGCCUGCGCAACCUGGGCAACACCUGCUACAUGAACUCCAUCCUGCAGGUGCUCAGCCACCUCCAGAAGUUCCGCGAGUGUUUUCUGAACCUCGACCCUUCCCAGACCCAACAACUGUUUCCCAAGGCCCCCAACGGGAAGGCUCCGCUCUCGGGCAGGCCGGCCGGCAGCUCGGCCACCGAGCUGACGGCCAGGAGCGACCGGGCUGAGUCGUGCGAGCGGGAGGGCCUCUGCUUCAACGGCGGGGCCUCCAUCAGCAGGAGCCUAGAACUCAUCCAGAACAAGGAGCCGAGCUCGAAGCACAUUUCCCUCUGUCACGAACUGCACACCCUCUUCCGUGUCAUGUGGUCCGGCAAGUGGGCCCUGGUGUCACCCUUCGCCAUGCUUCACUCCGUUUGGAGCCUGAUCCCCGCCUUCCGGGGCUACGACCAGCAGGAUGCGCAGGAAUUCCUCUGUGAGCUGUUGCACAAAGUGCAGCAAGAGCUCGAGUCCGAGGGCACCACGCGCCGGAUCCUCAUCCCCUUCUCCCAGAGGAAGCUCACCAAACAGGUCUUAAAGGUGGUGAACACCAUAUUCCACGGGCAGCUACUCAGUCAGGUCACAUGUGUAUCAUGCAAUUACAAAUCCAAUACCAUUGAGCCCUUUUGGGAUUUGUCCCUGGAAUUCCCUGAACGGUAUCACUGCAUAGAAAAGGGGUUUGUCCCUUUGAAUCAGACUGAGUGCCUGCUCACUGAGAUGCUGGCCAAGUUCACAGAGACAGAGGCCCUGGAAGGGAGAAUCUACGCUUGUGACCAGUGUAACAGCAAACGACGAAAAUCCAAUCCAAAACCCCUUGUUCUGAGUGAAGCUAGAAAGCAGUUAAUGAUCUACAGACUACCUCAGGUCCUCCGGCUGCACCUUAAAAGAUUCAGGUGGUCUGGCCGUAAUCAUCGAGAGAAGAUUGGGGUCCAUGUCGUCUUUGACCAGGUAUUAAACAUGGAACCUUACUGCUGCAGGGACAUGCUCUCCUCUCUUGACAAAGAGACCUUUGCCUAUGAUCUCUCCGCAGUGGUCAUGCAUCACGGGAAAGGGUUUGGCUCAGGACACUACACAGCCUAUUGCUACAACACAGAGGGAGGUUUUUGGGUCCACUGCAAUGACUCAAAGCUGAAUGUAUGCAGUGUCGAGGAAGUGUGCAAAACUCAAGCCUACAUCCUUUUUUACACUCAAAGAACAGUUCAGGGCAAUGCAAGAAUUUCAGAAACCCAACUCCAAGCUCAGGGGCAGCCCGGCAACAACGAUGAGGGCAGACCACGGACCUUCCCCUGAAUGGGAGGCAUGUAUCAAGGACUGGCUUGCUUUUAAACUGUUGGUGUUCAUACAUCUUUCCUCUUAUAGGAAAUAAGGUUUAGUGCAGGAACAGAUUGCUAGGUUUGCCUCACUGGGACUACAGCAGACGGUGCCAGGUGACUUCCUAUCCUAUCCUAAAGUCUGUAGUCACCUUUCUUUUGAAUGGAUUUGGGAAUUCCCUCUUUGAUAAAUCAAAAGGAGUAACUUCUAUGAAGAUUCUUUCAUCAGUUGCUUCUGAAUAUAGAGGAUCUGGGUGGAGGAAAGAGGGAGAAAAUUGAUCAUAUGCAGCGAGGAGAGCAGCCAUGUUUUCUUUCCAUUCUGUGACCCCCACUAAUCAGGACCUCCUGCAACGCCAGAGGAACCCUCCUGUUGCGAGGAGCCCAGGACAGAGCACAUGAGGUGGGGCCCUGGGCUGGCAGCUUGCUGGAUGAGAUUGGUUCCAGGGCAGGAGGUGAAUAAUAAGGAUUUGUUCCUACAAAGGAAGUAACCAUCAGGGGUUCAAAACAUGCAGACUUCCUUUUUUAGAGGAUAGCAGUGGAAGAGUGGAAUGAGAUGCAUAGAGCAAAUUUCCCCCAUGCAGAAUGGGAGAUUUUUCCAGUGUCCGACCCUCCCUGGCUGCUACUGCUGCUGUCACUUAAUCAUUCCACAUCUUCUGAGACUGGUGUGAACAACCCUCUAUUCUAAAGAAGGAGCAGUUCAUAUGGGGAAGCAAUACAUUGUCCCUGACAUGUUCUUUCUUGCAUGCUGAGCCUAAGGGCAUUCCUGGCUACCCAGUUCUGUAGCACAUCCCUGGUUCAGGUGUAGGGCAAGCACAUGGUUUGGUUUAAAUUGGUGUUUAGGUCAGUUGUCUGAGGCUUUCUCAGAACUCGGUUGAGGAGAGAGGCAGGGAUAGCCGGUGGUCCAGGCCGUAUCUGAAUGCCUGUCACCUGCCCUCACCUCCAUGCAGCAUGCAGCUUUUCUUAGCCUGCAGCUUCUUUCUGGCACCUAGAGGGCUAGAACAUUUUUGUUCAACACAAGGUUUGGGAAUUUCUGCUUUCCUAGGGCUAAGGAAUCUGCCCCCAUAGGUCCGAACAGUUCACUGCUGCUGGCCCUGGCCUAUUUCCUCCUAAAUCUGAUAAUCCCUACUGUUUCUUUAUCUAACUACACUCAAUUCAUCAGAGAAAAAAAGAGUGCCCUGUCCUUAAGUGCUAGUAAAAUACAUCUUUGUUUUUAUACUGGAUCAGUUUAAAAGUGGAAUGAUGGAAACCCUCCACCCCAUCAGGCACCACUGAAUUUCCCUUCUCAAUCCUUCAGUUAGACUCACCAGUAAAAGUGAACGUAAACGAGAAGUCUCAUCGUGGGGGCUGCUGAAGUCUGCCUCAACCUGUCAUUAUGAAUGCUCAUCUUUUGACUGAGUGUAUCAUACGAACAUUUCAAUUCAGGUAGGAAUACAGUUGUCACUUGAAGGAAGCAGAUGUGGAGGGAGUUUGGGGAAGGGUGGGAGGUUGGGACAAGAGAGGGUAAAGAAUGAGGGUUGUAGCUUAGGGGUGUUGGUGAGCCCCAUUUCCAGAGCAGGUCUGUAGCAUUUGCUGUUGACCUCUUUUGAGAUGAACUCUCCCGUAGGACCUGACAGACAGCACUGAGACACGGAGGAAAUUCAGACAGAAAAUGGCUCACCCUGAUAAGGGGGAGUGACUAUAUAUUUUAAAUUAAACUUGCUUUUUCCAACACUGUGAGGUUUCUGUAAUAUUUAGCUUUUAUUUGGAAGCGAUAGCGUAUGGCAUUUUUUAUGCUGUUUGGUUUAUAUUGUCUACUGCAGGCUUUUUUGUAUAAGCUUGGCCCAGGGCUCACCCUCUCCUGGACACUGUUUUAAAGUGUCACAGCUGCCCUUGCUGCCAGAGGCUCUGAUGUAAAGGUAUACUCUCUAGAUCCACAUUUUUUAAGUUGGCAGGAUUGGUGAAGACUUUUUUGUGGCAAUGGAAAAGCCCAUUAACUCAAAAAAAAAAGAGAGUAAGAAGGAAAGGAAAAUAUAAAUUGUGCCUCAUCUUUCUUUGAAUGCUGUACUUAUUAUUCUAGAAAAAGAGAACUUACAAAUGGAAAAGAACUAAUAGAGCAGCUACUUCAUCCCUCAGGCUGUCUAGGGGGAAAUACUUCAGAAAAAUGAACAUUUAAUGGAAAAUUAAAAGAUCUUCAAACUUAAUUUUUAAAAAUAGUUUUAUACCAAAUAUUUAUAAGAAUUAUUAAGCAGAUUUAAGGAUUUUGUAAAGUAAGUGCUUAACUUAGCUGAGCACCCACAUAUCAAAUUAAUAAAAUGGUUUAAAGGGAGUUGGACCAGAAACCACUAGAGUCCUCGCUGAGCUGCAAACUCUCGAAGGUGCCCCUGCAGUCACAGACACCUCAGGUACCCAGAGGCAGCAGCACUAGACGCUGUUGAGAAGUUAGUAUUUAUGGAGAUUUUUAUUAAAGAGUUCCCUGCUGCAUAAGCCGAUGGCUAUUGUGAGGGAAGUGUCCCUUUGCCUUUAAUUUAUUUGCAUAUUGGAAGUAGAUGGAUUUCUUAGUUGCAUCUUACUUUAAAUCGAAACAUUCUAAAGAGAAGAAAAUAAGAACCAGGUAGAAGUUGACUAGAUGCUGCCAAAUCAAACCCAAGAUCUCCUAACUGAACCUUACGGGCCUGCUUCUCCCAGGCAAGUAGUUAGAGUCCCGUUCCAGGAACCCUUUGUAGUUGGCUGGUGUGUUUACUUCCUGCUGUAGCCAGCCAAGAUGAAUGCACCCUGGCCCUCAAAAAGGAUCUUUACCUCAAUCUAGCUUGACCCUCAUCCUUGUGGUUGCCUCGGAGAUGAGCAUCCAUGCUUAGUGUUAAAAAAAAAAAAAAAAAAAAAAAAAAAUUAGGAAUGCCCUCAACAGCCAGGAACUGAAGCUCUUAUUAAAUGGCAGGCAGAGCUCUUGCCAGCUUUGAUCCAGUCCCCUCUCGGGCUGAGGGGGGCAGUGCCACACUGUAAAGAAUUUCCAGAUGUCUCUUAAAAUGUCAUGAAUAAAAUUAGAAACUGUAGAAGUGUUAAUGUGUCCUAUGGACUCAAUAGCAGAGUUUAUUUUUGGUUUUAAUGGCAAGGCUUCUAGCGUCAAUGAUUGUACAAGUUCCCUUCUCUGGCUGUGCUUCCAGUUCCAUCCCAGUGCAAGAACUAGUGAAGUGGGUUGGCCUGGCAGUGGGGCAUGGCCCUAACCAGGCCCCAGAAGCCUGAGAGAGGUCGACAGUAGGACAGAAUGAAAACUUGGUUGGGUGUGGGGGGUGGGAUGUGGGUGGGCAGGCAGGGAGGGGGAAAUGGAGUUUGUUCUACUUACUGAUAAAGCUUUGUGAACUAAUUUUAUACAAUUCAUAACAUUUGGUGCCUUGUACCCAGUUAUGGUUUGCAUGGGAUUGAAAAGAUUAAGUAAGGGAAAGGAUGCCUCCGUAUCAUUUUAAGUGGCAAAUGGGUCUGUACAGUGUAAAGGACAGUUGGUAUCAGACUUUGUAAAAGCAUUUCAUUUCAUGUGUGUAAAAGAUAAUUAUUACCAGCAAAUUCUGAAAUUUUACUCUAAUGUCCAAAAUCUUUGGAUUUGUCACUAUUCAUCAAAUGGCUGCUUUCCAAGGCAGACUAUGUCCUCUAUUCUUUUUCACCACUCCUUUUAUGUUCCAAACAUUAACUCGGGCCUUUUCGGGUAGGCUGGGAGUGCUACCUCUUCCUAAACAUAUACUAUAUACCCUUGCCGGGUUAUACCUUAUAAGUGGAAGGGUUGCUUUCCAGCUGGUUGGGAGAGCACAAAUGUUCAGAAAGGGCCUUUUUUUUGUAAUGCUGGGCAACUUAGGGUAGAAGUCAAACAAAAAUGAUUCCUCCUGAGGUAUUACUUUCAUUAGUUCUGAAGUUCUUUGGCACAAAAUUUCAGGAAGCAGUGUAGAACACAACCUCCUAUAUGUGAACCUUGAGACUGUAAGGCAAGCCAGUGCACUGUGUAAUAUGCAAAAGAGAAGGCUCAAAGAACCUGUCCCAGCCACCCCCGCCCCAGCCCCUUUCCUGGCAGGUGCUGACUAGAAUGGUGCUGAGUGGCUGUGGAAGGGGAGAAGACCCAGUCUGCUCACCUGCAGGGCUGUUUAUAGCCUGUUCCUUUUACUCUGACCUUAAGGUUUCCAAUGAGCUCAUGAGACUUCACCAAAGGGUGUUUAGAAAGCUCACCACUUGAAGCACAUUUGAUAACUGGUUCCCUCAGCCUAAUUACUGGCCUAAUUAGGUGAGGAGGUUGUACCUUUGGAGCAAAAUCUCCCAUGGCAACUUAGUUUUUUUUUUUUUACCGGGUAAGUAUGCACCUCCCUGGUGGUGGUUCCUUUUUUUCAAGUCAGCACUAAAGCUAAAAAGCGCCUUCUAAAUAUGACUGUGAGUUUAGUUUUGUAUCUUCCACCUUUAACCAUUCUCUUGGUCUAGGGCUUUGACUUGAACCAAGUGUUACUUUAUUCUUUCAACCCACACAUUGCUCUAAAUACACCAUAGCCACUAGGGCAUUAAGGCAAAUGGUCAUUUUUGUGGACUCUUUCCUUACUUCUGCUGGCAUGUUUCCAUUUAAAAUCUAAAUAGGUAGUAGAAGAGAUUUUCAUAGUACUGUUAACCAGCCAGGGCUGAAUAUCACGUCACCGAUGUAAAAUGGACUUCCCUUGGGGAGGGUGUUGUGUUGGAAUGGUAAAAGCCAGCAUUUUCAUUUACAAAAUUAAUGACUGUUCAUCAAAACUUUGGGAAAUUGUAGACUUGAGAGCUUUACUUGCUAAAUUCUUAACACUUGAGGAAUGAAGCCAGUUUAAAUGAAACUUUACCAUGCCAGUAUUAUGGCUUUAUAAACUGACUAACAGUAAAUGAAGCUAUAACAUUAAAUUUUGAGUGAAAUGUGAAUUAUGCUUUUGGAAGCUGCCAUGUCAUCAUUGCUGGAUUUUUCUUUUCAACUUUAAAAAACCUUUUAAAAUAGACUUUUCAGUUGUGAGUGGGAUCGGGUUGCCAACUUCAAGGAUCUGUUUCCUAUCAAUGAAGGACAGGAGGUGCUGGUAUUUGUCUUAGUGGUCUGAUACAGAUAUGAAUGGGCUUAGAAUCUAUGCUGUGGCUUAAAAGUUUCCUUCCUGGUCACCAUUUGGGAGGUGAUGGCUUCAAACCUAAGCCUUGCUCUCAUGUAUAUGACCCUUCCUCAUCUUAACACCCAGUAAGUUACAAAACUAUCAAAUCAUCUGUGGUCCCAGUAUAGAUAGAUUCUUAGAGAGUGAGGGCUUCGUGGUAAGCUAGCCACAGGCCUGAAUUCACAGCUCAAACUCUUCCCUAACAGGUGGGACCUACCCAAUCAAUACAAGAGAAUGGUGCUUUUUAAAAUACAUAUACAAUCUAAUUCUCAAUCAGAUUUCUUAAUGAGAUUUAUGCCGGUAGGGUCAAGAAGGACUGUUUUGUCCUAUUGACCUUUUGUGAACAGAUUGCUCGACAUCUGUCAACUCUAACAAUUAGGCCACUGUGGUGCAUUCAUACUGACCUCCCUUUCCAAUUCAUGUCCUUUAAUCCCAUACUAGUUCCACAGGAGACUUGGCAUGGAAAAGCAGGAUUUUUAAAAAUGCCUUGUAGAUGGGGUGCCUGGCUGGCUCAGUUGGAAGAUCAUGUGACUUCUGAUCUCGGGAUUGUGAAUUUGAGCCCCAUGUUGGGUGUACAGACUACUUAAAUAAACUUUAAAAAUAAAACAAAAUAAUAAGGAUAAAAAUACCUAGAAUAAAUCAAGUAGAAAAAAAUGGCCAUGGGGAACUUGUCUCUAUUUCCACAUCUUUCUGAGCCUACAUGAGUCUUUUCCAUGCCAGUUCCUUUCACAUUCCAUUUCCAAAGAACUCCAAACUCCUGGACAGUGGCACUACCAUGACUUUUAGGGUCAGAAAACAUUUCCUUGGGAAGAAAGCAGCUUCCUCAAGCAGUUUCUUUAGUGCUCACUGCCCAGGCUUGCUUACACCUUGCCUCCACCUGCACAUCACUGCCCUCUUUCUACCAACAAAUCCCACUCUAUUACAGCAACAAUGCCCCCUUGGUGCCUGGAAAACCCACUUGGUGCACUAAAAUGCUAUGCAACACCAAAUGGCUUCUUCCUCUAGUUCUGCUCAAAAAUGGAAAUUCCUCAAAAAUAAGUUUCCUCUUAUGUUCACAUCAAGUACAAUGGCUACAGUUUCCUUUUUUUUUUUUUCUUCAAUAUGAAGCAAACCACCUCUGUUACAAUCCAUGUUUGAGGCUUGUUCCUGUCUCUUUUGAGUGUGAAAUAUAAAUCAUGUUUUUAUGAUUUUUGUAAAUCUUGACUUUUUACACCUUGUUUUUGUAAGCCGAAGUUUCUUAUUAAAAGAAUAAAAUGA